AUGGUGAAUGAUGGUGAUGAGACUGUUGAUCUGGCGAGCGGUGGCGGCGGCGGUCGCGGGCUGUUCUGCUACCACUGCCCGCCGAGCUUGCCGCCGCACCAGCACCGCCUGCCAACCCUGGAGUAUCCCUUCACGGCCUCACACCCCUAUACAAGCUAUUCUUACCAUCCGGCGAUACACGAUGACACAUUCGUGCGACGGAAACAAAGACGAAAUCGGACAACGUUCACCCUUCAACAGUUGGAAGAGCUGGAGACGGCGUUUGCCCAAACACAUUACCCCGACGUGUUUACUAGAGAGGACCUCGCUCUCAAAAUUAAUCUCACUGAAGCUAGAGUACAGGUAUGGUUUCAAAACCGUCGUGCGAAGUGGCGGAAAGCAGAGCGAUUAAAGGAAGAACAGAGGAAGCGAGAAGGAGUUGAUGUUAUGGCGAAAAGGGAUCCUAAUGAUGAUAAGGGAUCAUCGGAGUGCGGUAUGUCUAGAGGGUCAGGAGAAGUGUCGCCUAUGUCAGGUGCAGGUUCCCCCCGCGCCUCACCUCCGGUCUCUCCUGGAUCUCCGCGUCGCUCGCCGCUCCGUUCACCGCGCCGCUCACCUAAUAGGUCCCCACGUUUAGAAAGAUCAGAAGCAAGUCCUUCACCAGCACCGUCAGUAGGUAGCGCUGGAUCAAGGGAAGCGCCGCCCGAGCACAGACCACCGCAUCACAUCUUUUCCCCCUUUGACCAGUAA